GGCUUUGUGGAUAGCCAGUUCGGGGUCCUGAGAUACUAGCGGACUGUGAGCUGAGUGAAUACUCUUUAAGAAAACCCUCAGGAUGCUAAAGAAAGUCAUGGCCCCCUACAAUGAGAUCAGGAAUUGUCUGGGGAACAGAUUUAGACUUCCAGGCCCCUACAGGCAGUCCACCACUAGGUGGUGAGCUUUGUGAAUGAUUGAAAGAAUGCAGGUGACAUCAAGCCCUCUAACACUAAAGAGCUGAAGGUAUACAUGUGAUACUUCCUCUGGAUCAGAUGUCAUCCACCAGCAGUCUUGACAUUGUCCAUACGUCCCUGCAAGUCACGGAGAUUUCAACUCAAAGAGGAUGAUGAAUCGACUGAGGGGGAUCCUUCAAACAUCUCCAUGCACUUUGCUGUGGAGAAGGUUCCAGGUUCCAACGUCCAUGCCAGUGAGGCCCUGCAGUCUCUAUACCUGCACCUACAGAACCCGCAACCGAGCCUUGCCGCCUCUCUGGGAAAAUCUCGACCUUGUUCCAGCAGGUGAUCGACAGUCACCAAUCAACAUCCGGUGGAGGGACAGUGUUUAUGACCCUGGCUUAAAACCACUCACCAUCUCCUAUGACCCAGCCACCUGUCUCCACAUUUGGAAUAAUGGGUACUCCUUCCUGGUGGAAUUUGAAGAUUCUACAGAUAAAUCAGUGAUUGAGGGAGGACCUCUGGAAAAUAACUACCGAUUGAAGCAAUUUCAUUUUCACUGGGGAGCCAUUGAUGACUGGGGCUCUGAGCAUACUGUGGACAGCAAAUGCUACCCAGCAGAGCUGCACUUGGUACAUUGGAAUGCAGUAAAAUUUGAAAGUUUUGAGGAUGCAGCCCUGGAAGAAAAUGGAUUGGCUGUGAUAGGAGUGUUUUUAAAGCUAGGCAAACAUCAUAAAGAGCUACAGAAAUUGGUUGAUACUUUGCCAUCAAUUAAGCAUAAGGAUACCCUUGCAGAAUUUGGUUCAUUUGACCCUUCCUGCUUGAUGCCCACCUGCCCAGAUUAUUGGACCUACUCUGGAUCUCUGACGACCCCACCUCUCUCAGAGUCUGUAACAUGGAUCAUUAAGAAGCAGCCAGUAGAGGUUGAUCAUACUCAGCUGGAGCAAUUUCGGACCCUUCUUAUCACUUCUAAAGGGGAGAAAGAGAAACGAAUGGUGGACAACUUCCGGCCCCUCCAGCCACUGAUGAAUCGCACUGUUCGCUCAUCCUUCCGUCAUGAUUAUGUGCUGAAUAUACAAGCAAAACCCAAGCCAGCUGCCAGCCAAAUGGUGCCCUAGACUAUUUAUAAUAGGCAGUAUCUUGCUUUAUUCAUAUUAGCUUUUAAGCACUUCCAUUUCAUGAUAUUCACAAAUGCACAUUACUUAUUACCUUUUGUCAUUUCUAAGUUAUCCUUAGGCAGGGACUGGGAGACAGAAGAAAACAAAAUAACUGAUUGGUUAACAUCAAGUUAUUUAGAUUAUCCUUUUUCUAUGAAAAGAUUACUGAUUAGUUAAUAUCAAGCUACUUAUGUUACCCUUUUUUUGUGAAAGGAUUAGGGCUGAAGGGAUGUUGUUACUAUGCCAACUGAAACUGGUCUCUGGGAAAUUUGACUAUUCUGUGUGUAAUCCUGAUUUCCUGGAAGGUAAAAUACAUAGGUUUAUUCUCUGCUUGAUGAAAUGGAACUUUAUUGUGAAUGACUCCAUUUUGACUUUAGUUUGUUGCAGCCUAUUAUAAGAGUUUAGUACAAAAUAAUUGCUUGUAGUCUCUCCCCUUUGGUCAGACUUUCACCACCAACAUGCAUUAGUGCUACUGUGAAAUACCAUCAUUUUGGGCUGCCAGUCCUCAGGGGUCAUUGAUUUGUGGAUUAAGUGUACAUUCAUUGUUUUGGGGUGAUUUACUCAUCUUUGAGAUAAGCUAUUUAGUAAAUGAAUUCUUUUAUUUGAUUGAUAAUAAUGCUUAACAACUGUAAUAUCAGCACAAAACACACCUUUCUUCUACAGAAACAAGUGGGUAGUUUUAUAUAUUUUUAUAUCUGAAAUAUUUUAGAUAUCUUUUUGUGUUCAUCAAUGAAUGGUUCUAUAGAGUUUUUUUAGCCAGUAUUACAAUAAAAAAUAUUUAACUGGUAAAGGCACAUUGAUCAUAGAACAUAAAGCCUUUAAGAAAACAGCUGUGAGGCCCAUAGCCGGGUUGAACAUUGGCCAUAUUUUAAAUAUAUUUUAUGUCAUAACAUGACUGUGUAUUUUUUAUUAUAGCUUCUUAGUAAGCAUAUUUUCCCCAGUUUUUAGCUCCCAUUGCUAGCAUCUGAAAUGCCUAACUAUUAGCAAAUUAUUAUUAUAUAUAUAUAUUUAAGUAAUAGAGGUGGUGAGGUUGAUUGGAACAAUACAUAGUAAACACAUGUUGAAAUGUAACAAUAAAAUCUCCCUCUGUAUUAAUGUAAGCUAAUUUAAAAGAAAAAAAAGAAAUUUCGUAAGCAUAAUAUGAACAUUUACUAUCUCUAGAAAUCCUUUUACAUUUUUUGAAAAUCAGAUAAUUCCACUUAAAGUCUUGGAAAUCAUAUAGAAGGCAUAUGCAGGAUGCCUUAAUAAAAUGUUUUAAAUGCCA